AUGUCACUCUUCAAUCCCACACGAAUCUUCAUUUCAUCACUCCCACACCAAUCUUCAUUUCAUCACUCCCACACCAAUCUUCAUCUCGUCCUCUCACUCUUCUCUCCCUCUCUAAACCUCGUCUCUUCUAACCUUCUUCAAUCUUCUUCAACCCUCCACCACCCUCAAUCUCAAAAGGAAUUUACUUUCUACAAAUCUCUAUACUCUCUUCUCUUUACUGUAUCUCCGAAUCACCAUAGACCGGUUCUGCACCAUCGACCUUCUUCGCAUAACAUCCUCUUCCCACCGUCAAUACAUCUCAACAAUCUUUAUCUCCGCAAGAAUCUUCAGCAAUCUGCGACCUUAAUCUUCAAGAUUUCUAUAGAAACCCCUACAUCACCAUCAUUUUCUUCAAAAACAACACACACGCGCAAUCUUCGACGACAACCACAACAAUUCACAGAAUCGCGGAAGAAAUCCCAAAAGACAGAUAAGAACAUAAUUGAAAGAGAUAUGUACCUGAAUUUAUCUGGUUUGACCAUCUUCAGUGUCGCUGUUCAAGAGUCGUUGGAGCAUCUCUAG